AUUUCUCGUGGGCCCCACCUAUUUUUUUAUUUUUUUCCUUUUCCAAUUAUUUCCAUUUCAUUCUCGAACCCACGAACGCCCCCUUUUUUCUUUCUUCCUCCCCAUCAAUUUACUCCCAUCCGAAACUUCUAGAAACAACAAGAACCUACCAUCUCUCUCGCUUUCUCUCUCAACCGUGAAAUUUUCCGCUUCCGGCGGUCUUUCUCCUACUCUGUUGGCCGCUGAAUAUUGUUUUCAAUAUUACACAGAUCAAAUCAAGUUUAUUUUAGAAGCCGGUUAUGAGCUUAGCAGAGAAGUGAUUAGGGAGCUUAGCCAGGUUUCAGUUCCAGAUCUGGUAGCGGAGCGGAUGAUGACGCCAUUACCGGUGGAGCAAACCGGUGAAUCAGCGCCGGCGGAGUCACAGAGAUCUAUUCCGACGCCGUUUCUGACGAAGACGUACCAGCUCGUGGAUGAUCCCUCCGCGGAUGACCUAAUUUCCUGGAACGAAGAUGGCACGAGUUUCAUCGUUUGGCGGCCUGCGGAAUUCGCACGUGAUUUGCUUCCGAAGUACUUCAAACACAACAAUUUUUCCAGUUUUGUCCGUCAGCUAAACACCUAUGGAUUUCGGAAGGUUGUCCCUGACCGUUGGGAAUUCGCUAACGACUGUUUCCGGCGAGGUGAGAGAACUCUGCUCAGGGACAUACAACGCCGGAAAAUAUUACCGGUGCCACCAACUGCGCAACCUGCAGUGGCCACAGCCAAUACUGUGACGGUUGCUGUGGCGGCACCGGCGAUCAGAACGGUGUCUCCGACGACUUCCGGCGACGAACAGGUACUAUCCUCGAACUCAUCUCCGAUUGCUGGAAAUAAUAAUAAUACAGUGCACCGCACCACGAGUUGCACCACUACGCCCGAGCUGUUAGAAGAAAAUGAAAGGCUUAGAAAAGAGAACAUGCAACUGAAUCACGAGUUGAGUCAAUUGAAGAGUUUGUGUAAUAACAUACUCGCUUUGAUGACCAAUUACGCUUCUGGUUUUAGCCGUCAGCAGUUAGAAUCGUCCACUAGUGCUGUGAGGACCGUGCCGGUGCCGGAAGGGAAGGCUCUGGAGCUUUUGCCUGCGAGGCAUGUUUCGUCAGCUGAUGACGCCAUGCAUGGUGGCGCUGCCGGCUUAACGCCGUGUACGAAUGCGAAUGCGAAUGCAGCGGAGGCAGAGGUUCCCAAGCUGUUUGGGGUUUCUAUUGGGUUGAAACGGUGUAGGACAGAGUGCGAGGCCGAACCGGAGGGAGAAGAACAGAAUCAAAUGCAAACGCGAGCUGAGGCACAAACACAGACACAGUCCUCUCAAGAACCAGAUGGCGGGCCAGAUGUGAAAUCUGAACCGCUUGAUGGGGAUGAGUCGGAUGAUCAGGAUCCUCGGUGGCUGGAGCUUGGGAAAUAAUGCUCCUUCCUUCCUAAUCUCUGCUAUUUUGGUAAAAUGACAUGAGGCACGUGACUUGGGUGGCCACAUUGUUCACAUUAGAGACAUACAUUAAGGUAGCGCUACCAUUGGGCCGGCACGUGAUUUGACCUUGUUUGUUGUGGAAGCUGCUCCACAUGGAGUCAAUAGUUUCAAAGUCAACUUCCUUGAGCACCAAACUUCUUUAUCUUGAGAAAUAAAUGUUCUUUGAGCCGUUAUUGUAAAUCUUUAAUGAACAUUUGUAAAACCUAAUGGCAGUCCCCUAAGCAUUCACGUCUCCUUUUUUCUUUUUUAAGAAAAUUUUAUGCGAUAGAGCACCAUAUGUAUAUACAUAUAAUAUAAAAAAAUUCGAAUUUAUUCAUGUAUUGUGUAUUGUGAUGUUCUAUCAUUAGGACUGGAUUGUAAACUUUGUAAUUAUGGAAUGUUAGGUAGUCUUUCAAAUUGCUUUUUAGCGGA